GUAAGACGAUACCUUUUCAGUGCUGUUCAUAUUGCACUUUUGGAAUGUAUUUAUAACAAUAUUUUUGAAUAUUUUUGUGCGCGUGAGAUAUUUGGCUACAAUUUCUCAUAAUUGGUCCCAUCGGCGCUAAAGGAAAAGUGUCGAUUGAAAACAUUUUGAUCCCAGGAUUAAAUCUAAACUCAAAGGGUACUUUCUGACUUCUUCCCACCCUCAUAUUUAUGCAAUUUGUCUCAAGUGUAUCGGACAGUUGUUUUCAGUUUCGGAAUUCGCUAUUCAUAAUCACUUCUUAUUCUUGAUUCAGAUCGAGAUAUCUUUUAUUUCAAUAAGUUGUCCCCACCACGGCAAUCAGUCGGAUACCUUCGAUGCUGAUUUUUUGGAGCAGUGAACUCACCGUGCAUCUUGGCAGCAUUCUGAAAAUGUUAGCCAGUGAAAAGUGAUAAUUAAUCGUAUUUUUUGCCUGUAUUUGUAAUUUUUAAGACCCGACGGUUUUUCUCACAAUAAUCGAAACAACAUAGUGAUAAAGUAUUGUUUAUCGCGAAGUGUUCGCAAUUAAUCGGUUUUAUCGGUGUGAUUAUGUGCGUUGGAGUACGACAUCGUGUCAGAACAACGACUUGCUAAGGAUUUCUCCAACGGCAGAGCGUAUUUAACAGAUUCUACAAUGUGCUGUGUGAAUUGAAUAUUUUCAAAGAACUUGUGCCAUUGCAGUUAUGAAAUGACUAAUUCUUAUUAAUAUCUGAUACAAUGGCCAGAACUUAAAAAUGUUGUGCUUCGUGAAAAUAGCUGUAUCCCCAAAAUAUACAUCUUUCUUCUGACGGGAUAUUUACAGCCUCCGUCCCUUUUCUCCGCAACUCAACUGUAACCGUAACACGCAAGUUCUUCAGAUACUUCGCUACAAACUAACGAGCAGUGAGAAAUAAUGGAUUAACCAUACGGGUCCGGACAUGUUUAGAACUUACUUUUAACUUAGUAAAGUCAUUUAAAACCAGCCAACGCCGUAUGUGCGUCGUCCUUCGGAAACUACAUCGAACGGUCGAUGAUUUUAAAAUCAGUGUCAUUAGUAAUCCAGCCAGUUAAACUUUGAAACACCUCAGCGAUGAUUGAAACCAAUCGAUAUUAUGAACUUUCACUCGCGACGAAGGUAUGUUUUUGAAUUCUAAGUUGUCCGAAACCACUUUGUCGCAUAUUGUGCUGAUCCUUCAGAAAUGCAAUCUCUCCUGAACGAUGCGUUGAAUUUAUCCUAGUGCAACUUUGAUCUCGCGGUUUUAAUCGAGGAAUUUCAAGUCAGAUUAACUGGUUAUACCGAAUUCAGUAUGUAGUUACUCCCAAUUGAAAAAAGUUCUGUUCGACCGAAGACCCCGGUUCGGGAACCGAGGACGGGCGUCAAGAUGGACUCCCUGGAGCGGCUGAUGGAUAUGUCGGCGGCCCACAAUCGGAACCGCCCUCUGGUGGAGAACAAUAACAACAACAACAACGGCAACAAGGCCGGGAACCUGGCUCACAGCCUGGCUUCCAUCGUCGCGCGCAAGGGUAGACACCUAACCGGCACGUUCUGCCUCACCGGCGAUGCCAUGGAGGCCAUCAUCCAGUGCUUGGUCUUUCUCAAAGCUUUCUCGCUGGUCGGUGGCGAGUUUGAUAUGGAACUUAAUUUCGUUAUUCAAGAUGCCCAAAAUAUCCGGCAUAUGUUGGAGCUGCUCGAUCACUGUCCUGCCAAUCUCCAGGCUGAAAUUUGGAGUGUUUUCAUAGCCAUCCUAAGGAAAUCCGUCCGAAACCUUCAGGCAUGCACCGAUGUCGGCCUCAUCGAGCAUGUGUUGAAUAGGCUAAGCCACGCUGAUAAUAUAGUUGCCGAUUUGCUCAUUGAUAUGUUAGGUGUUCUAGCCAGUUAUAGUAUAACAGUUAAAGAAUUGAAGUUACUAUUCGGUGCAAUGAAAGCUGUGAAUGGAAAAUGGCCCAGACAUUCCGCCAAACUCCUCAACGUCCUAAAACAAAUGCCUCAGAGGAAUGGUCCGGAUGUUUUUUUUAGUUUCCCUGGCCGAAAAGGAUCGGCCAUUGUGUUACCACCUUUAGCAAAAUGGCCCUACGAAAACGGGUUCACAUUCACAACGUGGUUUCGACUAGAUCCUAUCAAUUCUGUGAAUAUAGAAAGGGAAAAACCGUAUUUAUAUUGUUUUAAGACUAGUAAAGGUGUUGGUUACUCAGCUCAUUUUGUUGGAAAUUGUUUAGUUUUAACUUCUAUGAAAAUUAAGGGGAAAGGCUUUCAGCACUGUGUCAAGUAUGAAUUCCAACCUCGAAAGUGGUACAUGUUAGCUGUGAUUUAUAUUUAUAAUCGGUGGACGAAGAGUGAAAUCAAGUGUCUUGUCAAUGGGCAACUAGCCUCAAGUACAGAGAUGGCCUGGUUUGUCUCAACAAACGAUCCUUUUGAAAAGUGCUAUAUUGGUGCUAUGCCUGAAUUAGAUGAAGAACGGGUUUUCUGUGGUCAAAUGGCUGCUAUUUAUCUAUUCAAUGAAGCUCUUACAACGCAUCAAAUUUGUGCCAUGCACAGACUAGGACCUGGUUAUAAAAGCCAGUUUAAGCCAGUUUGUGAUAAUGAGUGCCAUCUAAAUUUGCCCGAGAAUCAUCGUAGGGUGAGUGAGGAAGUGGAUGACCCUUUAAGCAUGACUCUGCCUAAAGUCAAAUCUGUUUUAUAUGAUGGCAAACUUUCAAAUGCCAUUGUUUUUAUGUACAAUCCAGUUGCCACUGAUAGCCAGCUCUGUCUUCAGUCCGCUCCCAAAGGCAACCAAUCAUAUUUCGUCCAUAAUCCUCAUGCGCAAAUGCUACAGGAUGUUAAAGCUGUGAUAACUAAUUCAAUUUAUAGUACUCUCAACUCGGUCGGCGGAAUCCAAGUCCUAUUCCCUCUUUUUUCUCAGCUUGAUUUGCUCACGGAUUCUAAUGAUUCAAAGAAAGAUCCAACUCUAUGUUCAAAAUUAUUGGGGUUUAUCUGCGAAUUAGUUGAAAGUUCGCAGACAGUUCAGCAACACAUGAUCCAAAACCGUGGCUUCCUAGUUAUUAGCUAUAUGUUGCAACGUUCAUCCAGGGAACACUUAACGAUAGAUGUUUUAAAUUCAUUCCUGGGCCUUACAAAGUACCUUGUCACAUGCCUCAAUUCAAAUUGUGAACUCCUACUCAAGCAGUUGCUGGAUCACGUUCUCUUCAACCCUGCCUUGUGGAUUUACACACCGGCCCAAGUACAAAUCCGACUCUACUCUUACUUAGCAAAGGAAUUCCUGUCCGAUACGCAAAUUUAUUCAAACGUUCGGCGAGUCUCCACCGUUCUUCAAACCGUCCAUACUUUAAAGUAUUAUUAUUGGGUUGUCAAUCCCCGCGAUAAAAGUGGCAUUACGCCCAAGGGGCUAGACGGCCCUCGACCUGCUCAAAAAGACAUAUUAGCGAUAAGAAGUCACAUCCUCGAAUUCUUGAAGCAACUCAUGAUGCUCACAAAUGGUGUUAAAGAAGAUGAAUUGCAAAGCAUUCUUAAUUUUUUAACAACAGUUCGAGAAGAUGAAAAUCUGCACGAUGUGGUUCAAACUUUAAUUUCUCUCAUGUGUGAAUUUCCCGCCGCAAUGGUACCUGCUUUCGAUGCUAAACAAGGAGUGAGAUGUAUAUUCAAGCUUCUUGUUUCCUCUAGUCAACUCAUUAGAUUACAGGCAUUGAAACUCCUGGGAUUUUUCCUUUCUAGAAGCACGCACAAGCGCAAAUAUGACGUCAUGAGCCCGUACAAUUUAUACACUCUGCUAGCUGAGCGAUUACUAUUAAAUGAAGAAACUUUAACCCUACCAACCUAUAAUGUCUUAUAUGAGAUUAUGACCGAGCACAUUAGUCAACAAAUCUUAUACACUCGGCAUCCAGAACCUGAACCUCAUUUUAGGCUAGAAAAUCCAAUGAUUUUAAAAGUUGUUGCAACCUUAAUCAGACAAUCAAAACAAUCAGAUCAAUUACUGGAAGUGAAAAAGUUAUUUUUAUCGGACAUGACACUUUUGUGCAAUAAUAAUCGUGAGAACCGUCGGACUGUGCUUCAGAUGUCUGUUUGGCAGGAAUGGCUCAUUGCAAUGGCCUACAUUCAUCCCAAAAAUUCUGAAGAACAAAAGACAUCAGAAAUGGUUUACAGUCUUUUUCGAAUGCUCCUUCAUCACGCUAUCAAGUACGAGUAUGGCGGUUGGAGAGUGUGGGUAGAUACUCUUGCGAUAGUUCACUCAAAGGUCUCCUACGAAGAGUUUAAGUUGCAAUUUGCUCAGAUGUAUGAACAUUAUGAGAGGCAUCGUAGUGAUAACAUAACAGACCCUCAUGUGAGACAGCAGCGACCUAUCAGCACAAUAUCUGGUUGGGAACGCCAAGCGGCAGCUGUGCAACACUGUAAUCAGGACUCCGAUUCAGAGAGGGAGGAUGAUGAAACUUCGGAAGGAAAAGAAACUGAAAGGCACGCAGCAAAGUACAUUGAAAUGGAGGAAGAUAGUUCUGUACCUGCAAAAAUUCGAACCAAAUCAAUUGAAGAAGAAUCGAAUAUCACCAUACCCCCGGUCCGAAGUGCCAGUCCAUUAUUUGCCAACAUUAUCCACGAUUCAGAAGAAAUGGAUACUCAGAUGGACGAUACAUCUACAGAUGAAGUAGAAAACACAAAGAAUAGUUCAGACAAUAAUUUAAACUCUAGCAAAAGUGAUUUAACUGAAACACUAGAAAAGUCCGAAACGCCCGUAACACUAGAUAAUCUCAGCUCAAACGAAGCUGUUGUUGAUGAUGACUUACCAGUCGCAACAACAGAGUCGAGUCCAAUCCCAGGUGAGAUUCUACCCGACGAAAAUCAAAAUGACAUGGAAUCCAGUGCCAAAGUACCCGAAAAUAUCUCAUCAACUGACACUCUCAAGCCAGUCACAAUCCAAGUAAUUGAGCGAGAGAUCAUUGAUAGUGAUAAUUCAGAGAUAUUUCUGACGCCCACUGAAAAUGCGGAGAAAGAUAGCUCCAUGAAAAUUAUUGACUCUGCCGUUCAAAAAUUAUCCUUGCAGAAUUUUGAGUCUACGGAGGAUCAGUUGCUCACGACUGACGAAAGAAGUGGAAAAGCCUCUGGAGAUGAGGAUGAAAAUGAAAGCGAAGAACGAACUGAUCAACCUGCUAUUUUAAUGGCUGAAGUCUCAAUGGAAUCUGCAGAGGAUGAUAGAGAGUCUGACGAGAAAGCGGCCGACUCUAAAGAUGAAGAUAAUGAGUCUGCAGAUGAGAACAAAGAAGCCGCAGAAUCCAGUAAGAAAGAUGAGUUGUCUACCGAUAAAAAUGAACUGUCUGGAGAAAAAGUUUCGGAAGCAGAAGGAAAGCCCUCAAAUGAGGAAGAAAGUGAAGCACCUCAAGGAAAUGAUGAAGAAGAAAAUAAUUUUAAUUCAAGUGCCAAAAGUUCUGAGGUUGAACUUAGCUCAGAAAAAAUUGCAGAAAGUGAAGAAAAUAUUGAAACCUGCUCAACAAUUGUAAAUAGUGAAGAAACCAAACCUGUGUCUUCUCCGUCCCCUGAUAGUAAUAUUGAAACGUCCAAUGAUGGUUGUGAAAAGAGAGAUGUGAUAGAAAAUGAAGCAAGUGAAAUUGCUCCUGCUAGUAGUGAAUCUGUUGCUCAAGAAGAAGCACCCAGCAUUCCGGAAGAAAAUGUAAAAUCGGUGUUCAACAGCUCCACGCAAGUUGAUCCUCAGCAAUUUAGUGAUACAAAGUCAUCAAAAAGUCCUGAGAACAGUUUUGGCAGUGGAGAAAGUGCAGACCGUCCAAUGUUCAGCCCUGGGCCCUCACGACCUCCGUUCAGAAUUCCGGAAUUCAAGUGGUCAUACAUCCAUCAACGCUUACUUUCAGACGUCUUAUUCUCACUUGAAACUGACAUUCAAGUUUGGAGAAGUCACUCCACAAAAUCCGUCCUAGACUUUGUUAACAAUGCUGAAAACGCAAUAUUUGUUGUGAAUACCGUCCAUUUGAUAUCACAACUUGCAGAUAAUUUGAUCAUCGCCUGCGGAGGCUUGCUGCCGCUGUUAGCAAGCGCUACGUCUCCUAGCAGUGAACUAGACGUAAUGGAUCCAACUCAAGGCAUGCCUAUUGAAAUUGCUGUGUCCUUUUUGCAGCGGCUUGUCAAUUUGGCAGACGUUCUUGUUUUUGCAAGCUCAUUGAAUUUCAGUGAGCUAGAAAUAGAAAAGAAUAUGUCCAAUGGUGGCAUACUCAGACAGUGCCUUCGUUUGGUUUGCACUUGCGCUGUGCGGAAUUGCCUUGAAUGUAAAGAGCGUCUCCGAGCUCAGAACAAUGGCAGUCGAUCAGGAUUAGUGCAUUCUCUAAUUAGAGGAGUUCAGGUUUCACCAAAAAGUGCCAUAGAUAAUGGCACAAGUCCAACUGGCCCAGUCAAAGAUCCAGAAAAAUUACUUCAAGAUAUGGAUGUCAAUCGCCUAAGAGCUGUUGUCUACAGAGAUGUUGAAGAAACGAAGCAAGCUCAAUUUUUGUCCUUAGCAAUUGUUUACUUUAUAUCAGUGCUGAUGGUUUCUAAGUACAGAGACAUACUGGAACCACCUGUCAUAACUAGGACACCAACGCCGCCUUUACCAUCAAAUAUUAGACAUAAUGGCACACACCAUGUCGGAGAUAGUCCACCAGAAGAUGGAGACUAUGAUGUGAUUGUUGUUGAUGAAAACCAUUCAUCAGUUUUAACCGAGAACCAAAUUAGUGGCCUUGCCUCACCCUCAUUGAAGAAUGGUACUCAUACUUAUGAAUUGGAUGAUCACAAUGCUAAUACGCAGGGAUAUCCUCACAACCACAGGCAUGUCCUCACAAAUAAGAGUGCCGCUUCAGAGGAAGUUCUGUCCGUUGCCUCCCAACCCACAAGUGAAACAGAUAGUAAUGCUACGAAUGAGAAUGAUGUCAAACCGGUUCACAUUCCGCCCGCCAACGAUUCAGCCUGGACGAAUGUCAACCUCAAUGAAGAUAGUGUCAGUUUGAAUGGAAACAUCAACAAUACAAGUAACUCACCUGAUGGUGACCUUAAUGAGCGAGGAGAAAAACCCUCUGCUGAAAUAUCUGUUGUCCGAGUGCCUCAAAACGAAGUGUCAUCCAAGUCUGCUCCUCCCGUCUCACGGGCGGAUGAUCUCCCGAUGAAAUCUUUGUCGCUCCCUGCAGCACCCACCCCAUCAAGAGAAGCCUCUCUAACGCAAAAAUUAGAGACUGCCCUUGGUUCUGUUUGUCCUCUCCUUAGAGAAAUAAUGGUUGACUUUGCUCCUUUUUUAUCUAAGACUUUAGUUGGAUCUCAUGGCCAGGAACUUCUCAUGGAAGGCAAAGGUUUGACUACUUUUAAGAAUAGCCAAUCUGUAGUGGAGCUUGUUAUGUUGUUAUGCUCCCAAGAAUGGCAAAAUUCACUCCAAAAGCAUGCUGGUCUAGCGUUUAUUGAACUCAUUAACGAAGGACGAUUACUCUCACAUGCAAUGAAAGAUCACAUCGUGCGGGUUGCUAAUGAAGCUGAAUUCAUUCUGAAUCGAAUGAGAGCAGAUGAUGUUUUGAAACAUGCAGAUUUUGAGUCUUCAUGCGCUCAAUCAUUACUCGAUCGCAGAGAAGAGGAAAGAAUGUGUGAUCACUUAAUUACUGCUGCAAGGAGACGUGACAAUGUAAUUGCAAAUAGACUGCUUGAAAAAGUAUGCAAUAUCCUAUCCAAUAAACAUGGUGCCUGGGGUUACUCAGAUCAAGCUAGAAAACAAGAAUUUUGGAAACUUGAUUCAUGGGAGGAUGAUGCAAGGCGGAGGAAAAGAUACGUUCAUAAUCCACGUGGAACUUCACAUCCUGAAGCAACAUUGAAUGCUGCCCUUGAGCACGGAGGUCCCGAGGACGCCAUCAUACAGGCAAGACAAGAAUUACAUGCUCAACUAGCAGCAACAAACCCUCAACAGUCAGCCCAAUCCAACGAUCUCCUCGAUGACGCAGAGCUAAUGCUUGACGAUCGAGAGAUUGACGUCGAUUUAACCGGUCCCGUUAAUAUUAGUACUCGCGCGCGAAUCAUUGCCCCAGGUCUCGUCGCACCUGGGACAGUCUCAAUCACCUCCAAUGAGCUCUAUUUUGAAGUUGAUGAAGAUGAUGCAGAGUUUGCCAAAAUCGACUCAGAGGUCCUGAAAUACUGCGAUCACUUGCACGGCAAAUGGUACUUUUCAGAAAUCCGUGCCGUCUUCUCCAGACGCUACCUCCUCCAGAAUGUGGCUAUCGAAAUUUUCCUCGCCAGUCGAACGUCGGUCAUGCUGGCGUUCCCGGACCAGGCGACAGUACGUCGGGUGAUCAAGGCCCUGCCGCGGGUCGGUGUGGGGAUCAAGUACGGGAUCCCGCAGACCCGCCGGGCCUCGAUGAUGUCCCCGAGGCAGCUCAUGCGCUCCUCCAACAUGACCCGCAAGUGGCAGCAGAGGGAGAUCUCCACCUUCGAGUACCUCAUGUUCCUCAACACCAUUGCGGGAAGAACCUACAAUGAUUUGAAUCAAUAUCCUGUGUUCCCCUGGGUGCUCACCAACUACGAAGCAGACGAAAUUGACUUGAGUUUGCCCACCAAUUACAGAGAUCUUUCAAAGCCAAUCGGUGCGCUGAAUCCAAGCAGACGCGCUUACUUCGAAGAGCGAUACUCCAGCUGGGAACAUGACACCAUCCCCCCGUUUCAUUACGGGACUCAUUACUCAACCUCUGCCUUUACUCUCAACUGGCUCAUUCGAGUGGAGCCGUUCACUACCAUGUUUUUAGCCUUACAAGGAGGAAAAUUCGAUCACCCGAAUCGACUUUUCUCCUCACUUGCUCUGUCCUGGAAGAACUGUCAACGAGACACCUCCGACGUGAAGGAACUCAUACCGGAACUGUUCUUCCUACCCGAAAUGUUAGUAAACGUCAACGGUUACCGGCUUGGCAAUGGCGAAGACGGUAAACCAAUCGGCAAUGUGGCCUUACCGCCUUGGGCUUCCACACCAGAAGAAUUCAUCAGAAUCAAUAGAAUGGCUUUAGAAUCCGAAUUUGUAUCGUGUCAGCUGCACCAAUGGAUCGAUCUCAUCUUCGGAUAUAAACAGAAAGGACCCGAAGCUGUUCGAGCGUGUAAUGUCUUCUACUACCUAACGUACGAGGGUAGUGUGGACCUAGAAACAAUUCAAGAUCCCGUCCUGAAAGAAGCAAUCGAAAAUCAAGUCCGAAGUUUUGGACAAACGCCAUCUCAGUUACUGAUGGAGCCACACCCUCCGCGCAGUUCAGCCAUGCAUUUGAGCCCGAUGAUGUUCACGACGGUUGCGGACGACGUGUGCAUGACGAUGAAGUUCCAGUCGCACUCGGGGAUCUGCCACCUCUCGGCCAACACCUACCCGCAGCUCCCGCUUCCCUCGGUCGUGUCCGUCUCGGCGAGCCUCCAGUUCGCCGUCAACAAGUGGAACUCCAACUACUCCCUCCUCGUCCAGUCCCCCAGCUACGCCGAGACCCCCGGACCCCACACCGCCAACACAAACCUACCCCUCUUCAUGGACCCCCUCCUCUCUCAAUCAAACAACAGUAACAUUAUAGCCCAAAAACGACACCUAGGAGAUAAUUUCAGUCAAAAAUUGAAGAUUCGAUCAAACUGUUUCGUCACAACAGUAGACAGUAGAUUUUUAAUUGCCUGUGGAUUCUGGGAUAACAGUUUCCGAGUAUUUUCUACUGAAUCAGCAAAAAUUGUCCAAAUCGUUUUUGGACACUACGGUGUUGUGACUUGCCUCAGUCGCUCAGAAUGUAACAUCACCUCUGACUGCUACAUUGCAUCUGGCUCUGCAGACUGCACUGUGCUGUUGUGGCACUGGAAUGCACGCUCUCAAACUAUAGUUGGUGAAGGUGACAUCCCAACCCCACGUGCUACACUGACAGGGCAUGAUAAUCCUGUUGUCACUGUUGUCAUCUCAGCUGAACUAGGACUCGUUAUAUCGGCCUCUCAAAAUGGACCUGUAUUGGUGCACACAACGUUUGGUGAUUUGUUGCGUUCACUCGAAGCACCAGUUGGAUUCAACAGCCCUGAAUGUAUUGCCAUGUCUCGCGAAGGCAUCAUUGUUGUCACAUAUGAACGUGGUCACAUUGCUACCUUCACAAUCAAUGGGAACAGAAUGCGACAUGAAACUCACGCUGAUAAUUUACAUUGCAUGUUACUCAGCCGUGAUGGAGAAUAUUUGAUCACUGGUGGUGAAAAAGGAAUCGUGGAAGUAUGGAGAGCUUUCAAUCUAGCUUUACUAUAUGCCUUUCCUGCUUGUGAUACUGCCAUUCGUUCCAUAGCUUUGACUCCCGAUCAGAAAUUUUUACUGGCUGGACUAUCAUCAGGCAUGAUUGUAGUAUUCCAUAUUGAUUUCAACCGGUGGCAUCAUGAAUUUCAACAGCGCUAUUAAAUAUUGGGGGCAGAAAAGCUUCUUUGAAAAUGAGUGAACUUAUUACGUAACAAAAUCAGUGAUUACCUGUCACCAGAGUAUUUUAAUGAAACAUGAACCUUUUCCUGAAGAAAAAAAGCUCAUGCUUAUAAUUUUUACAGCACAUUCCAUAAACUCAAUGCCUUUAAAAUUUUGAGAUGAUUUUUAUUAUUUAUCUUGUAAGAUUAGUUUUUAAACCACUUUAUCUUGAUACAUUCCCAUGAAGUUUUAAUUGAUUAAUUUUGUACCUCAAUAGUACAAAAUUCACUUAGGUCUGCAACUACCCACCGAUUGCAGACUUUAUUCUCUCCUGAUCAGACAAAGUUUUGUAAAGUCACCCCUUCUAGUGGAGGGCUUUCCUGCAUUCGGAAAGAUUUGAAUCUUUUUGCCAAUUUGUGUGCUGUAUCGACUGUGAAACUGCAAGAAUGCGUAUCUUGGUCGCGAUGUUGCAGACUUCUUGUCCAUCAUUCUAUAUUUUUGAAAUGGAAAAAUACUGAACUUUAUUUCUUAAAAACUUCCCUAAUUUUUUCUUCUAUAAAAAUUUCAAGAAAUGGUUUUGUUUGUCUCUCCUCCAUAAGGUAGAAUGAGAAGGAAUAUUUUGAAACACUACAAAUGACAUCUGCAUUCCUGCAGUUUCACUGUUGAUACCUAUGGGGUUUUAGGUUUUGGUGAAUCAAAACACAAUACCUAAAUUUUAAUCAGUAACCAAUUGCGUGAUCUCCAAUUUGUACCUCGCAUGCCAAUAAUCUAGUAACCUAUAUCAUGUGAAAAACAUUUUCCUAAACUGAAUUUUUGAAAAUGAAUGUUACUAAAGACAUUAACUUGAUGAGUUUUGGCUGUCAUUCGAUGUUAUUCUUAGUUCUAUUUUCUAGAGGAAGAAGUACUUUUGAAUAAAUUCGGCAAAACUAUUGUGAAGAGAGAGUAAAAUUUUUAAGGCUACAGUAUUAUUGAACUCUGGGAAAAGAUGCUGAAAUAGUGCAUUUAAAACUAAGGGAGCAAAUAUCAAAAUACCAACUGAUCACUUUUGCCAUGAGUAUAUCUAGAUUUUUCUCAGGGAACCUAGUUUUCAAAACCUUUUUUUUGAGGUUCACAUGUGAUGUACCCUGAAACAGCAGGUUUGCAGUUGAAAUAGUUUUGAGUGGAUUAAUUUUAAGGAAAAUACUAAGAAUUGUAUUGUUACUAUGUGAUGAAAGACAAAAAUGAAGUUGAACGGAUUUUUAAGUCGCUUCAAUGAAGGCUAAUUAUGAUUAAGCUGUUUUAGUUGAAUCUAGUGCAAUAGUUUUACGUGCUCUUAAAAUAUAUGCCUGCUAUUUUUAGAAUGAGCUGUUCAGUAAUCAGUAGGUUUAUCAAGGCAGAGCAUGAAAAUGAAAAAAAAAUGUUGUGUUUUUGUGUCUAUGCCAAGCUUGGCUGUAAUUUUAUUGCUUGAAAUUCGCUCAAAGCGCAAAAGUAGAGCUGUAGUGCCUCUUAAUUUAUCCAAGUCAAACGGAUGCUUUCGUAUUUUAUGCUAAACUCUAGUGCUGACGCGAGUUCUUUGCACAGAAGCUGUUUACUCAUUCAAACAGCUCUCAUUGGAUUCUGUUGUGAUUUCAGGCGCUCAUUUUGAUUUCAGAUUAAUUCAAUGCAUAACUUCUGUCUUUAAAAGUAAAAGCUUAUAUUUUUUAUGUGGACGGAGGAAGAAUCAAUCUUUAUUUUUGAACUUGAAAAUAUCGGAGCAUUUCCAGAAACCAGAGUUCAAAGUUUCCUCUGUCACUUUCCAUAGAGAAUUUGUUUACAUUUUGUCGUAAAUCUGCAGUGGCAGGAAAAAAUUCCUAUCACUGGUAGUAAAAUUUCUUUAUCUUCAGUCAGAUUAAAAUUGAAGGCAGUCGAAAAAUGUACGCGCAGUUUUGACCAUUGUUAAAGUUAGAUGACGGCAGGAUCGUCCAUGUCUCCGGAUUUUUCUGAAUGAAUAAACUUUCUCAUAAUAUCUGUGCUGCAUUCCUUGGUGAGCACUGGAGCUUAAAUUAGUGCAAUGUAUCUUCAUAAGUAGUUUUUGUUAAUGUACAUAAAAUUAUUUAUUACUUAGUCUCUGGUACUUUCUCCUUUUAGUUUCUUUUUACAAUUGUUCAUGCUUGUAGUUUCUUAGAUGGUAUUUUUGUAAAAUUUCAUUUCUACAUGUAUGAAAUUGUAUGUAUGUAUCUAUGUACUUUUAAUUUUUACGGAUUUGUCGUAGAAAUUGUGGCUAUUUCUAGUGACCGUAUUCCAUACUGAAACAAAGUAACGCUUCUGCAAAAUAUUUCUCUGAAGAGAGGUGCAAGUUCGGUGAGGAAUCAUAGUUGCUAAUUUAGAUAAUUCUUCUUUCUAAGCUUUGCUUUUAAGGGUUUUGAGGUGUAAUGCGGCUUCAAAAUAUUGUUGUCAAAUUAUAUUUUAUAUCGCAUGUGCCAAUACGUGAUUCAUUCUUGCACUAGUUUUUUGGUUACUCCUCUCACCCCUCAAUUGAGACCCUCCUAUCCUUAAUUGUAAAUAAAAUCUCGAAAAUGAAUAUUUUGCACUGGUCAAAAUUCAGCUCUCAAACAUGAUGUGGCAAAAAUGCACCUAUGAAAGGUUUUCCUCAUUUUGGAGUUUUUCAAAAUCCAAAAUAAGGUACCUCGAAAAAACUUUUCAUAAAUGGUAAUAAUGAGUCUUGUUUUUGAACAAUUUAAACCUUUAAAUUUUAUUUUGCCUCUCACCAGACGUUUUCUGUCAUCCAUUUUAAUUAUUGUGUCUGUAGUGUAAUGAAUACUGAGUAGACAUUUGGUUUCAAAGGAGAAGAUCUCCGUUGAAUCCAAUAAAUCUUUCCUCAAUGCUGUACUUACACCGUAUUGUUUUUUGGUGAUACCUUUUUAAUUGAUCUGCCUUGGUGGCAGUUAUUUUAUGUAUCUAAUCUAACUAUAAUUUUUAAUCAAUCAGAUUGAAGUUGCAUUAGGAUUCUCAACAGCACUUGUCAAAAUGUUGUAGUUAAUGAUAACUUUCAAGCUAGUAUAACUUUUCUUGAAAGGUAACCAAGCUGUGAUGCCAGCAUACAAAUUGAUGGAAAAUCUGUACUUACAUUUUAUGGUAGAACUGUGACUAUUUAAAUUUUCUUUUUCUUAUGCCCCUGCAAUUAAUUGAGAAAUCGUAAAGUCCUCUGUUUUUCCCUUAAGAUUGAUUAAAAAUGAAUUAAAAUUAUUAAAGAGGAGAUUAGUAUGUGCUUAAGGAUUAGGGAAAGGAAUCGUCCCCCUUCCCUCCCCGUCCAAAUAACAUGAGAACUUUACCCAGGCUGAAUUUUUACUUUUUGGAAAUAUGAUAAAAAUUGCAACGUGAAGUUGCGAUAUUCGAUUCUGGGAAGGUCACUCAUGUUGUCAGAUUUUCUAUUCUUAUUUUUUUGUUGUUAGUUGUCUGCUUUGAGCAGUAGGAAUUAUCUCUAAAGAAUUUCAGUAUUUGAUUACAAUCCAAAUUCACCCCUCCCUCCCAGCAAUAAAGCCAUCCCUAAAAGUUUUAAAGUAGUUUUAAAUAGUGUUAGUUAUUUAUUUAUAUUUUAAAUUGUUUUUGUCUUGUUAUUUUAAUGAUUUUAUUUCCUCUUUUAAGUAUGAGUGUGCUAGUAAAUGUACUUAAAGAGCAGAGUCAUUUUAUAUUUUAUCUGUGUUUCCACUGUUUCUGUAAUUAGUUUGUCCUAAACUUUUUAUUUAUUCAUGCAUACAUACUAAUUGUUUAAGUAGCCAAUUUUAUCCUUGAGUCUUUUGUUUUUUAAUCACUGUGAAUUUAAACUUUAGAAUGUUCGUUAUUGCAGUCCUGUCAUUCGUCCAAGAAAGUUUCCUAUUUUAUUGUACAGAAAUGAAUUUUUAAACUUUAUCAAACCGAUCUCUUGCUUUAAUCCUAAGCAUUUGAAAUUAGAGGCCCUUUUCAGAAAUCAGUUCUCAUGUUCCAAACUUCGGUAAAUUCCUCUCUAAGAUGUGUAUAUGGCAAAAUCAACUGUUGUGAAUAUACAUUUUUUUAAUUGAUUGUAUCGCAUAAAUCAGCAUUUUUAUCAGAAUAAAAUAGAAUGGAUUUCUUGUUGUGGAAAUAGGAUGUUGGUUUCUAAUGAUCGAAUUCGGCUCUGCCAGAAUAUAUAUUUUCAUCCAUCCUUGUCCAUCUGUUGGCUUCUCUGUUUCUCAUUGAGAUGCCUCGUUUCAUGCCCUCAAACAUGAAAAAUACGUCAAAAAUGGUUGCUUGAAAAUACAAUAAAUAAGUACACUUUUUCACAUUUAAUAUUUAUUCAACUGUUGCAUUAUGAUAAUUUUUGCAAAUCUCUUUAAUCAUAUUUUGGCAGGAAAACAAAGUAAAUUGUAAACAACACUAUAGAACUCUAAUGCUAAAUAAUAAAUCAUAAAUAAUAAAAGAGGAAUUUUUUCAAUUCCUUGUCUUAUCAUAAACUUUAUAUCAAAAGGGUUCAGCGUACUGACCGAUGCCAAUUUUUACAAAGUGCUCUGUGUUGGUUACACCAGAAGUUAACAAAAAAAUAAAUGCAACCCUAGGGCAACAAAUUUUUUUUCUUUGGUCCCUUUUCCAUUCGUGAUUCAAGCAAAUCAUGUUUUCUAUAAAAAAAAAAAGCAAUACUUAUCCCUAUUCCUCGUAGGACUGCCCUUUUGUCUUUUGUUGACCAUUGUACCCAUAAAUUUUAAUUUUGUUUAAAAUUUUCACUUCUCUUUCAACCAACAAUGAGAGCCUGUGCAAAAUUGAACCAUACUUAGUUAAAUGUAAAGUGAAUAAUUGAAAAUUAAUCUGAAUUAUUGUUGAUAAGAAAUCUGUAGAUUGUUUUUUUUAAGAGCUUUCAGCCAUAUUUUUAUUUGUUAGCGCAACAUUUACACCAACAAAUCCAUUGCGUGCAUACCAUUUGAUUUUUGACUCGUUCCAAAAAAUUCUGGAGAGUCCAAAGUUAACUGUAUGACACAUGCUUUCGAAAUUUAUGUUUGUAUGUAUUUAUGUAAUUACAAGAGUAAAAUAUAAUUUCGGUUUUUGAAAUAGUUA